AUUCCUCUUUCAAACGUCUAACGAAAGACAUGAAGAAACUAAGUUUUGGAAUUUUCAUUUUUUUACUCGCUACGACAGCGAAAUUAACAGCGGCUAUUGAUUCGGUUGAUCCGAAUGAAUUUUGUUUAUUUCAAAUCGGGUUUUUCGCACAUCCUAAUCCAACUUUGUGCUACGUUUACUUCAAUUGUUUCUGGGUCUUUGGCACUUUGACUGAGUGCCCACCUGAUAGCAUAUUUGUUUCUGGUCAACCUAUAGGAAGCCAAUGUCAACCUGGAAAUUGGAUAACAUGUGAAUUAGAUCCACCCACAGUCCCGACAACAGUACCAACAACAGCACCACCACCCACAAUCCCUCCUACGUUACCACCCACCGUCCCACCCACAAUCCCACCUACGUUAUCACCCACCGUCCCACCUACGUUACCACCCACCGUCCCACCGACAACAGUGCCACCUACAAUCCCAGAAGGGAUUUGUGAUGGAAUAAUUUUCGGUUCAAUACCUGAUCCAACAUCAUGUACCCGCUUCAUCUUCUGCAUUCUUGGUAGUGGUGAGAUUUUGAAUUGUCCAGUCACCGAACCAGUAUUUGAUCCAAGUGUUUCUGGUUGUGUUGCUGGAAAUCCCGACACUUGCGAGAUAUUCACUCCGGGUGAACCAACUGUACCUACUCCCCCAACACCUGGUCCAACAACAACGACAGCACCACCUACAACUAUUCCUCCACCAACCAUUCCACCUCCAACACUUCCUCCACCAACAAUUCCACCUCCAACACUUCCUCCACCAACGGUCCCUCCCCCAACAGCCCCUCCACCAACAGUUACUCCUCCAACAACCCCACCGGGAGGAAUUUUGCCACCAUUUGAUAUUUGCAUAGGAAACAAUUUCCGUUUUGUUGCAGAUCCAUCUGCAUGCUACAGAUACUUCUUCUGUUCAUUCGGAAUCCCAUUGCCAGGUGAAUGUGAUAUUGAUAGGAUUUUCGAAGAAAGAUUACGAGGAUGCGUUCUCGGAAACAGAGAGACUUGCGAAAGGGACAGAAGCAACAUAAACAUCGAAGUGAUUACUCGACCUCCAACCAUAAAUUUUGAUGAAAAUUCAUAAUUGAUUGCGGUUACGAAAGACGAAAGGAACAUUUUGCUUAAGGGCUUCGAGGGUUGAUUGUGGUUUGAAGACUUUUUUUUUGUUGAAUGAAUGGAGUAAUCUAUGAGAUCAACAUCAAUUUUCUGUGAUUUGGUAUAAGCAAAUGAUUCUUAUUCUGAUAUAACCGCUGUCUAUGCAGAUUCUUAUCAAUGAUUUUAUUUUUCUUUCUUUCUAACUUCUGAAUAAAAAGCAUUUAAAAUGGAAA